GCCCGGACCCUCGGGGCCACGCCGACCGGGGUCCCCUGCGACGACUGGGGCCGCGAGCUCGGACGUAGGCGCGAGGAGUGCCUUCCGGGAUUCGGGACGCCAGCACGGUGUCCCGGCGACACUCGAAACAUCUCGGUCAUUUUUCGUUUGGCGACGUGGACGGGGCCGCCGGGUGCUGGGCUGCCCUGGCGACGUAGCCGGAGCGAAGGCGAAUCCCGCCCGGGGGCUGCUGUCCGGCCGCACGGCCUCCGUCGUGCCCGAGCGGCUGGAGGUUCGCCGCCGACUGUGCUGGGAGCCCCCGGCGCUGCAGCUUCCCCCGCCCCGAACGUGCUGCACGUGGGGCGCGCUUGUCACAGCUGUAAGACACUGUGACUAACGGCCCCAGAUUCCAGGACACCCCGGUGUUGUGCAGCCUGCAUCCUAGUGUGGCGCAUCCUCCACGACGGCUGGGGAGCCUGCUGUCAGCUGCAUCUGGGAUGGAUGGCCUGACUCUGCAGCGGGCACAGCUGUGGAUACGCUUGUACUAACGACUGGUGGCAUGAUACCUGCCAGAUUUUUCUCAGCAAGAUGGCAGACUGCGUUGGAGGGCGUGAGGCGCUGGACCCCAUCCACCUGGGCCAUCCUCCAGCCCAGCUGGCUCCUCCAGCCAGAGCCUGCUGCUCGACUCCUCUCCAUCAGCUGUGCCAGCUGUGCCAAGCGCCAGGAGUCCCCCCAAAAGAAAAUGCUUUCUGAAAAGAAACUGAAGAGGUACUUUGUGGAUCACCGGAGAGUGCUCGUCCGUGGAGGAGAUGGAGGCAACGGGGCGAGCUGCUUCCACAGUGAGCCUCGGAAGGAGUUUGGAGGCCCCAGUGGUGGUGAUGGAGGCAGCGGUGGCCACGUCAUUCUGAAAGUUGACAGGCAGGUCAAGUCUCUGUCCUCAGUCCUGACCCGCUAUCAGGGUUUCCAUGGCGAGGACGGCGGCCGGAAGAACUGCUUCGGUCGGAACGGUGGUCCCCUCUAUAUCCGGGUCCCCCGGGGCACUUUGGUCAAGGAAGGAGAAGACACCGUGGCUGACCUCUCUUGCCCGGGUGAUGAGUAUGUCGCCGCUCUCGGGGGUGCAGGAGGCAAGGGCAACCGCUUCUUCCUGGCCAAUGACAACCGCGCCCCUGUGACCUGCACCCGAGGGCAGCCCGGACAGGAGCGUGUCCUCUUCCUGGAGCUCAAGAUGGUGGCUCAAGCAGGGAUGAUUGGCUUCCCCAAUGCCGGGAAGUCCUCGCUGCUCCGAGCCAUCUCCAACGCAAGGCCUGCUGUGGCCGCUUACCCGUUCACCACCCUGAAGCCCCACAUCGGCGUCGUGCACUACGAAGGCCAUCAGCAAGUGACAGUGGCCGACAUCCCCGGAAUUGUCAGGGGCGCACACCAGAACCGCGGCCUGGGGCUCGCCUUCCUCCGCCACAUUGAGCGCUGCCGCUUCCUGCUGUUCGUGGUCGACCUCUCGGUGCCAGAGCCCUGGGUACAGCUCCAGGACCUGAAGUACGAGCUCGAGAAGUACGAAGAAGGCCUGUCAGAGAGGCCCCACACAGUCAUCGGGAACAAGAUCGACCUCCCUGAGGCCAGAGCCCACCUGCCCGAGCUCCAGGCCCGCCUGGGACAGACUCUCAUCCCCCUGUCAGCCACCACCGGGGAGAACCUGGAGGCCCUGCUCCUGUGUCUCAAGGAGCUGUGUGACAACCAUGCAGAGGCUGAGCGGGCAUGUGGCCGCCAGCCACUGAGCAGGAGGCCAUCCCAACCCAUACCUGGUCACGCCACCACCAGGGACUGCACGUCCAGCAACCACCAGUCGAAGAAGUGGUAGGGUCUCGUUCAAAGCUGAGUCGGCGGCACGUCCAGGGACCUUCAUCUGGCUGAGGGGGUUGGGACGCUGUGUCCAGGUUGCACCACAUGUCUUAGAUAGCCUUCCCUGUUCCACAUGGGGAGCCCCAGCUUGCUGCUUUCCUGUUGCCAGAACUUUCCUUGCCACAGAGCCCUCGGGACUUUUCCCCAUCACACAGAAAGCAUUUGCGUGAUGUUUUAAGCAUAGCUUUUUCUCUUUCACGCGCUACUCUGUGUAGGAAGGUAAAGCUGGACCUCACUUCCUCCGGCGGGUCCCCGUCUCUUCUGUUUUAGGAACAGAAAUUUUGCCAGUCUUCAUUCUUUCAAUUGAGAUAUAGUUUGUACACCAUAAAAUUUACCAUUCA